CAUGCCAUAGGAAUAACCUCUCAAUAUGACUUCCAAUAUGCCAGUACAAAACAUCACAGAAAAAAAAAAAAACUUUAAAAACGCAGAAAAAAGUGUGUGAAUAAGUGGAUGUAUGGACUGUGUUGGCAUGCUAUAUACGUCCAUUAGUGGUCUCCAGCCUGCGGCUCCCAGUAUGCCCGGACAGCCAACACGAUGGGAGUUGUAGUUAAACAGCUGGAAGGCCAGAGUUUGGUGCUCAGUAAUGGAGGAGGCGCUCGCUCGUUGUCUCUUAUAGUAUUGUAUAGCUGCAGCGGUAAAGCCUCAGCCUGGUGUCCUACAGAUGACCCUGGCGGCCGCUGCUCUUGUAAGAGCUGCACCCCGGGUCGGGGAGGGUUAAGUUUGGAAGGCCAGGGACCGCUGUUGACAUCCGUGGCCUCCCGGCUGCUUGCGUCAGGCAGGGGGUGGCCCCGCUGUAGAUACUGUUGCUAUGGAGAGAUAGCGGGGGAGGAUUCCUAGGUUCCCUAAGCCUGACAGAGAUUACUUCUGACCGAGGCUCCUAACGCGAUGUGGCGGAGCGCUCCCGGGCUGGCGCGGGGUGACCCGUCCUCGGCUGUUCGGGAAGAAGGAGCAGUUCACAGACCUUAGUGUUGGCCAUCCUUCUGCACCAGGAAGAUCUGUCAGCUUCUGGCCAGACAGGGGGGCUCCCGCAAGGUCGAGACCUGAGGAGCCAAUGACAUGGAGGCGACGCUGGCUUCUGGACAGCACUCCAGGCCGUAGUCUCAGUACUGAAGGUAGUCGCAGAUGUGGCAGGCUGGCAGCAUCUUCAAAAAGGCACCGGUGGAUAAAAUAGAAGAAGCACAAAAAAAGUUGAACAGCCCCAAGGAACCCAUAAAAGAAAUAGUUGCUGUUGGUUCCCGAAGUUGCUUUGAUACUGUUAAAGGUGUCAAGAGGAAAAAAAUUGUCACAGAUAAUCAUUUAAAGAAAAUACCGAAGUCUCCUCUAAGGAAUAUUUCUAAGGAGAAGCAGAAGCAUGAUAUAGAAGUCAGCACAUCACAAAGCGCUGGUACAUCAGGAUCUAGUCUCUCAAAAGACAAGGAACCUAUUCAGUUCCAUAAGCAAAACUGCAAGGAAGGCAUAGGGACUGGGCUCAACAAUCAGCCUGCAAAGUCUGGCAUUUCAAUGCAAGCUAGAAAACUUUCUGUUCCACCAGACUUAUGUAACGGAAGAAGUGAAAACUACAACUUUGGUAGCAAAAUGACUUUAUUAAAGGAAAAUUCAACUUCCAGUUCAAUACUUUUAAAUAUGAAAAGUGCAAAUAUUGACUCUGAGAGUAUCAAUAAGCAGUAUGUGUGUGAAAAUUCAGCUUUUGAUGUCUUAUUAAAGGCUAUGGAGCCAGAACUCAACACAUUAAGUCAGUCUAGGGCUCCAUGUGGUACUCAGACUGAAAAACAAGGACAUAAGAGUGAAGCACCUUCAGUUACAUAUUCCCCUUCAAGUCCAUCAUCAUCUUCUGAAAGGGAAGCAAGUGCUAGGUAUUUCCGUCAUCAUCGCAUUGCUAAUUAUGGUCAACCAUGUACAUCAGCCAAGGUUUCCACACGCACCCAGGUUCAUUCAGGUAGUGAGGAAGAACAAUUUCAAAAACAGCAACCUACUACUACUACCUGUCACAAUUACUCUAGUAUUCUGGACAUCACCAAACAAGUUUACCAUGUAGCCGCAACUUCUUCAACAGUAAAUCCUUCUUCUGCAGUAACUCAGGUUCUUUCAUUGCCAGGAAGUUCUUCUAUAGCUAAUUCUUCAAAUGUCUCUUUAAAUAACACAUAUAGUGUAACUCAAGUAGCUUCACUUAUCACAGGGGAGCAAAUGUGCAAUAUUGUUUUGAAGGAUCAAAAACCUAAAAAACAAGGUAAAUAUAUAUGUGAAUAUUGUAACAGGGCUUGUGCAAAACCCAGUGUCCUCCUUAAACACAUUCGUUCACAUACUGGGGAACGCCCAUACCCAUGUGUAACAUGUGGAUUUUCAUUCAAGACGAAAAGCAAUCUGUACAAGCACAAAAAGUCUCAUGCGCAUGCUAUUAAGCUUGGACUGGGGGUACGUACAGACAGUGGAGAUAUGCUACUUUCACAAGAUUCUGAAAAAGCACUUUUUAUUAGUUCAGAUGUAGAUGAAAGUGGAGAAAGUGAUGAAGAGUAUACAUCAGAGGAAAGACAAGAAGAUCAAAAUCUUCCUGGUCUUGAGUACCCAGAAAGUGUAAAAAUGUCAUCCGAGACUGGCACCGUUAAACAGAAAGAAGGACGGUCUUCCUCAAAUAGCCCUGUAGCAAUGUUACAAGAUGGCAGUUUGCAAGAGAAACAUACUGAAGUAAAACUAGCAGAAUUACCAAAACUUGUUGUAUAUCCAGUUAGUGUUUCUCCCUUAAGAGCUGACAGCCCUAAAGUUUUAGAGUCUACUUCUGAACAGUUCAUAGCACAAAUGCUGGAACUAAAAAUAAAAAACAAGACUCCAAAUCUUUUGCGAAUGUGCUCAUUAAGUGAAGUAGAGCAAUCAUCUCAUAAAAUGUGUGAACUAAUUGAAGCCGAAAAACAGCCAACUAACAUAAAUGCCCAUGCACAGCUGCAGAGGCAGCAAGCUACAGAUUGCUCCCAAGAGCAACAGAGCAAAUGUCUUUUAAGCCCUAGAAGUCUGGGAAGCACAGACUCUGGUUAUUUCUCCCGGUCAGAGAGUGCAGAUCAAGCUAUGGCCUCACCAUCCCCUUUCAUAAAACUUCCCUCUUCUGAGAAAGACUUUUCAAAAAAUGUAACCUCUUUGGCGCAAACAAAUAUUACAGGCACUGUUUUGGUACAACCAUGUAUUGAGAAGCUGCCUGUUGCUGCAGGAAUAAUGAGGCCACCGCUGGGAACAAAAACUCUUGAAGAGCGUAUUUCAAAGUUAAUCUCGGACAACAAAGCUGUAGUUGAUGACAAACAGUUAGACAGUGUGAAGCCAAGGCGGACAUCGUUGUCCAGAAGAGGCAGCAUAGAUUCACCAAAGUCUUAUAUAUUCAAAGAUUCCUUCCAGUUUGAUCUAAAACCUGCAGGAAGGCGUACUAGCUCGAGUUCAGAUAUACCAAAGUCCCCAUUCACUCCAACUGAAAAAUCUAAGCAAGUUUUUUUUCUUUCUGUUCCUUCACAAUAUCCUUCUAUUGACUGUUUGCCAAUAACAAGAAGCAAUUCAAUGCCCACAACUGGGUAUUCAGCCAUUCCACCAGUAAUCCCAGCUUCUCAUCCUCUCAGAGUGAGUCAGUCGUUUGAUGACAAAAUAGGUUCUCUUUGUGAUGAUGUAUUUGUUUCAGGACCAUCUACUCCCCAUCAUACAGUCCAUCCUCGUACACUUGUUAGACAGACUGCUGUUGAAGACUCAACCACUGAACACUGUGGUUUGGGACCUGCACGGUCUGUUGAUGAAAGUUAUUCUGCAAGCAAAUCUGUUCAGGAUGCUUUGCUACUCAGAAGCAAAUCCUUUGUGCAAGGCACUAGUUUAGACAAAAUUAAAAAAUCACAUCAGGGUCGGGGUACGAUGUUUGAAUGUGAGACAUGUAGAAAUAGAUAUAGAAAAUUAGAAAACUUUGAAAAUCAUAAGAAGUUUUAUUGUUCUGAAUUACAUGGACCAAAGAGCAAAACAGCUGCUCGAGAAACUGAUCAUAGCAUAGCAUCAAACAAUUCCCAACCUCAAAUUUUUCAUUAUAGGGUUGCUAGUACAACUGGUACUUUGGAACAGCCACUACUCAUCCGAAAACGAAGAAAGAUGAAAAGUGUUGGAGAUGAUGAUGAACCCCAACAAAGUGAAUGUCGUUCUGUCCCUGAAAAUAUUGAAGCCCCGAGCUUAGCCAAUGUCAAGGCUUCAUCCACAAUUACUAUAUUAGGCUCACAGUCCUGUUCAGUGUCAGUCCAAAAUCAACAGUUACAGUUAGUAUCUCGGAGCACAGAACCCAGUACCGAUGUUAAAAUAUCUGCCACAGAAAAAAAGACAUUAGUUCUAAAGGAAAAUGUUGACCUGAAAUGUCAAGGAACAGGGAUUUCUGUAAUUCAGCACACAAAUUCAUUAAGCAGGCCCAGUUCAUUUGAAAAAUCUGAGUCUAUUGAGCGUGUUUCUCCUGUACCAUUAUGUGAAAUUCAUAAAAGUAAUGUAAAAAGCCCCUUCAAUGCAGUAGGUAUAAUUCAAGAAGACAGACCUACUGUGGCUUCUCAGAUCAAACCUAGUGGAUCAUUUCAAGUGACUAAAUCUGAUACCAGUGAAAGUCACCAUGGUGUGCUUACAGAAAGAACUGUCCCCUCCCAAUCACGCCUUGUACGUCAGCAUAACAUUCAGGUUCCAGAGAUCUUGGUUACAGAAGAACCAGAUAAAGAUCCAGAGACUCAAACUAAUGAUCAGGAACUGCAAGAAAAAUUUACUUGGCCACAACGAAGUGGAAGUCUUUCCAGUUUGCCAACAGAAAAGCUCCCUCCAAAAAAGAAACGGAUCAGGCUUGCUGAUCUGGAUAAUUCUUCUGCUGAAUCAAGCUUUGAAUCGACUAUUUCAAGAAGUUUAAGUCGUGAAAGCAGCUUAUCACGUACUUCAAGUUUUUCAGCUUCAUUUGAAAAAGAAGAAUCUUCAAAAUCUGAAAGUUUCUCAAAAACAGACAGUGUAAAUAAAUCAUCUGAAUUUCUUACAAUUCCAACUGGCUUAAAUGCAUUUGGUACUCCAAGGGAAAUGAGAAGAGCUGCCUCAGAGCAAAUAAACUGUACACAAGCAUCUAUGGAAGUUACAGACUACAGAAGUAAAUCAUUUGAUUGUGGAAGUAUGUCUCGAUCACGGUCUAUGUCUCCAAUAAACAAUUUAACUUCAAGAUCCUCUCUUGUAUGUAGCACGAGUAGUGGGCAUGUUCCCCUGUUAGAAAGGAGGAGGGGGCCACUUGUAAAACAGAUAUCUUUAAAUAUCUCAGAAACAAGUGUUUCUCCAGGUAAAUCCAAAAUUCUCUCAGAAAAUUCUACAUUAACUCAACAAAAUGUACACAAUAUAAACCGGAGUUUAACAGAAGUAAAUGUAUGCUCGAAAGAGAACAGUAGACACACACAUGUAGUUGACCAGCAGUUAGCUGAAAAGCCAAAGCUUGCAAAAGUUCAACUUUCUGAUAGCAAAGGCACAGUAAGCUCACCAAACACCUUAUUUAAUACCGACUUUCCAACUGGUAUGCAAAAUAAAUCAAAAGGGGACAAUAAAGAGAAAAAUAUAUCACUGCAUAAAAAAUAUGAAUGUAAGCUAAAUUUUGCUCCAAAAUAUCAGCUAGAAUGUCAGAAAACUCGGGAGAACCAAUUAUGUCCUACAAAACCUGUUACCAUAGUUUUGCCAAAUAGUCUUUCUGGAGACACUAGCAUUACUUCUCAGAAUUUAAAGGCUGCUGUUACAAAUGGUUUGUCUACAGUUUGUCCAACUGUUCAGAAGCAAAACAAAUUGUAUUGUAAUUAUCAGUCUAGUCAGUCAGUAGUUGUACCAGUCCAUAACUAUAGCAGUUCGUUAUAUUAUGGUUUUACUGCCGUGACAUCUCUUCCUGAGAUUUUAGUUACUCAAGAUCAAGGACAUCCCAUUGUUUGUAAAAUCAGUUCCACUCCUGUUGUAGAGGCUAUAGACCCAAUGCAUAUGCCAAAGUCUCAAGAAGAGCACAGCAGGUCUUUAACAGGCUCCGUGAAAAAUUUUGAAAAUUGUCUUCCGCGAUCUGUGCCACAGAAAGUGCCACCAGUUGGUCUUGCUCCUCAGCAAGAGACCUCAGUAUCAAGUAAGCGAAUGCUUUCCCCAGCAAACAGUCUGGACAUUGCAAUGGAAAAACAGCAAAAGCGUGUUAAAGAUGAAAGUGGGGCUGCAUGCAAUACAAAUAAUCAACAGGUGCAUUUGUUAAGUAUGAAGGCUGCUGAACCUGUUAAGCAAAGAAAGCCAAUGCUGGUUAGACAGUUCUGCACUACCGAUCCAGGUGAAAGCUUAGAUCAUGAUAUUUCCAAGGGAAGAUCUAGUCCUGAUAAUCAUUCUCCUGCAGCACAACUGACCACAUUUCAUUCAUCUACAAAAUCGGUCUCUGAUGGGAAAGAGGUAGAAGAACAAACUAAACUUUUAGACGCACAUCCAACUGUACGAAUGUCACCAGAGCCUUCUCCUGUAAACACACAGACAAGUACUCUAAAGUCUACAUAUAGUAGUCAAGAGAGGCGAUCACCUGUUACUUCUAAAGCAAUUCAUAUUCAAGGUCAAGUAAAACUCUCUGCUGCAAUUUCUGUUGUUAAUGCUGGUGAUAUGCACCGUCUGUCCUUUCCAAGUCUCAAGACCUCAACAAGUUUUACUUGGUGUUACCUUUUAAAGCGAAAGCCAAUACCCCUUCCUCAGAAUGACCAAAAGACUUCUGCCUAUGCUUCCUGGACUAUUAGCUCCAAUAAUCCUAAUCCACUGAGUUUACCCACCAAAGUGGCACUUUCACUGUUGAAUUCAAAACAAAAAGGCGAGAAGUUCAUCUUUACAUUGGUGAAGAACUCCCAUCAAAAACAUGACCUCCUGGUAUAUUCAAGCAAAUGGAAAAGUAACUCAAAAAAGUCCUCUCAUAACAAGGCUUGUAAUCUGCUGGAUGGCCAAAAAAGUAUUGAUACAAGUACUGAUCAAGAUAAGGAAUCUUUCCAAAAUCGAAGUGAGCCAAGGAGAGUGAAGAUUUUUGAUGGAGGGUAUAAGUCAAAUGAAGAAUAUGUUUAUGUGCGUGGCAGAGGAAGAGGAAAGUAUAUUUGUGAAGAGUGCGGGAUAAGAUGCAAAAAGCCAAGCAUGUUAAAGAAGCAUAUUCGUACGCACACAGAUGUUCGGCCAUACCACUGCAACUACUGUAACUUCUCCUUCAAAACAAAAGGCAAUUUAACAAAACACAUGAAAUCCAAAGCUCACAGCAAGAAAUGCAUGGAUAUGGGAAUAGCGGUUGGUCCAGUAGAUGAUCAGGAUACAGAUGAUUCUGGUGAAAGGCAAAGAUAUACUGGGGAAAGAUCAGGAUUUGAUGGUGAUGAUUCAGAUGGGGCAGAAGAUGAGGAUAAUGAUAAUGAGGAUGAAGAUGAGGACAGCCAAGCAGAGUCUGUCCUUUCUGCUACUCCCUCUGUAACAGCGAGCCCUCAACAUUACCCUUUCCGAAACAGCCAGCAAGAAGCUUCUAGCGCUGAUGAAGACAGUCGAGCGGCACAUUCUUUUUCUCAUACAAAUUCAAUGGAUAUUCUUCCUAAAGCUUUGAUCACCAAGAUGACUGCAUUGACUACAUUGACUAUUUGCAAGCCAGAGAGUCAUGGAGAGAAAGCAGAUAAAGUUCAGCAGAAUGCUAUUUUCUCCCAAAGUGAAGCAUCAUCUCCCAAAUCCCUUUGUAAUCAGAUGUCCAUUGAUUAUCCAGAUGCCGAAGAUGGACGUGAUGGCACAGUGGAGUCAAGAAACCUUUCCGCAUCUAAUGACUCUCUAUCUGUUAAUACACCAUCGUCACCAGUAGAUCAGAGCACGCAAACAAUGGAUUCAUCAGUAACUGACUCGAAUAUUCACCAACCAAUGCCGGCUGACAUGACUCCACAGCAAGCUCAAAUAUCUACAGCACCAACACAUCUAUUUAGUCAUUUGCCUUUACAUUCACAGCAGCCUGUAAGGUCACCUUACAGCAUGAUUCCAGUAGGAGGAAUUCAGCUUGUCCCAGCUGGAUUAACAGCAUACUCCACAUUUGUACCUUUUCCAGCUGGACAAGUGCAGCUGACAAUACCAGCCGUUGGGGUAAUUCACAGAACUGCAAGUAACCACAGUGACAAGCCAGCAGAAGUACCUAACACACCAAGUCCUAUAAGCGUAGCUGAGGUAAAUGGUGUUGUACCUUGUAUUCCAAUUGGUCAAGUGAAUGUGCCUAGUCUGGGUGCAUCAGGCUUACAACCUAUUCAGCCACUUAGCAUGGAAACUGUAAACAUUUUAGGUCUUUCAAACCCAACCAUUGCUCCACAAAUUCAUCCCUCAGGACUAACUCUGAAUGCAGUUGGCUUGCAAGUUUUAGCAACAAGCCCUGGUUCCCAGAGCAACCCUAGUCCACAAGCUCACAUUCCAGGCCUACAAAUUUUGAACAUAGCAUUGCCCACCUUAAUCCCAUCUAUUAGCCCAAUAUCUGUUGAUGGCCAAGGAGUUCCUGAUAGAUCUCCAUCAUGUAGCACCGCACCAUGCCACGGUCUAGCCAACAUUCCUGUGGCAGAUGCCAAAAAUUUGAAGCAGUCUGAAUCUCUGCAAGUUUCAUCAAGGAUGCAGGAAUCCCCAAAAGCAUCAGGUGAGGCUACAGUCAUUGAAGAAAGAGCUACAACUUGUGGUACAAGUACUGAAAGAGACAGUCCACUAAAGGAGGUUCUUAACAUCAGCUCCAGUCAGAUUAAAACCUCGGCCAAACCUGAUCUCUCUUUGAAGGUUCUUUCUCAACCUUCAUACAGGUCAUCUAUAGGUCACGCUCUUCCACCCCUUCGACAUCAGAAGAGAACUGAGCUUAUUUCAAGACACAGCACAGUUCAGUUCAGUGAUUCCAGCAGUGAUGAUGAUGAAGGCAGACUGGUUAUAGCAACCUAAAAACUAAUCAUUUUCAUCUUAGUUCCAGUAUUUUUUUACUUUUUAUGUGGAAAGGGUGGGAGUACAAUCAGAGACUUUAAGGUUUAUUUACAAACCUUCUUUAUCUUUAAAGCACAUUUUUCUUACUUGUUACUUGUGCAAUCAUGAACUCUUGACCAAUAAUUGUCGUUUUUUGUUUGUCUGCUCCUGCCAUUUUUGUAUAUGUUGUAUAGACAAUUGUGCCUUUCGGAAUUUUAUGUGUAGAAAUCUGUACAUAUUGGUGAAUAAAAUAUAAAUAUAUAUAAAUAUUAUAUAUGUACAUAACCAAGGUAGUUGCUUGUGUUUAGUAUGUAUGUUCAUAUCUCAUGUUGAGUAAAAUAAUUAAAUUAUUUAAUUAUAUAUGUAUAUGUUGCACUGUUAAAUGUACUUUUUUAUGGACGUGGGGCAACUUUGUGUACAGAUCUUGUAUGUACAACUCCAUAUUUAUUGUGUCCAUAUUAGUCUUGGAAAAUGGUUCUGUCUAUCUUUGUGUGUAAGACGGUAGCUUUACACUUAAUGACAGAAAUUCUGUGUUAACAAAUGUUCCAGUAAAUCUUUUAUUACUGACUUUACCUUUUGGUUCUACUGUGUGUUGUGAAGUUGAGAACAAAAAAAAAUCUAUUGAAUCACUAGGAUUUGAUCCUUUAUAAUAUUGUACAAAUGAGAUACAACUUCGCUUUCUUUGAUGGAAGAUUUCCAUGUCAGAAAAAGACAUACGGUAGUUUAAUCAAAUAAUUCAUACUGUUAUGUGCCUACUUUUUUAAUGGUGUGUUUGUUUUUAAACACCAUAUUUCAGUUUACAUAUAGAUAUAAUCUACAUUAAAACGUGAGUAACUUUGUAAACACAUCACAUGAUCUUGUAUUAAUCCGUGUUAACAGUCUUUUAAUACCCAUAGCUGCAUUCAGAGUUCUACUGGUUGUCAUUGGAUCUAAUCAUCAAGCUUUUCAUUAG